UGAUGAGUAGUGCAAUGUGGCUCAGAAAACUGGAGGGACCAUAGAAAGAUGGCAGGCAUUCCAGAUGUGAGCCUCAGCGCAGGCUGCCGAACCAUGCCCCUCAUAGGCAUGGGCACGGCGGUUUACCCCUUCGGGUGCGAAACCAUGAGAUCGGCGAUCAUCUACGCCAUUGAGAUUGGCUACAGGCACUUCGACACGGCUGCUAUCUACCAGUCGGAGCAGCCGCUCGGCGACGCCAUCGCAGAAGCCCUACUGCUUGGGCUCAUCAAUUCACGAGACGAGCUCUUCAUCACCUCUAAGCUGUCGUGCAACGACGGCUACAGUGACCGCGUCCGGCCGGCCCUCGAAAAGACACUCAAGAAUCUGGGAUUGGAGUAUCUUGAUCUCUACCUCAUUCAUUUUCCGGUGAGCUUAAAGCCAGGGGUGAAUGUGAUGCAAUUGGACAAGGAGGAUAUUGUCCUCAUGGAUUUCAAGUCUACAUGGGCAGCCAUGGAGGAGUGUCAGAGGGUGGGCCUCACAAGGUCCAUUGGGGUCAGUAACUUCUCCUGCAAGAAGCUGACCCAAUUAUUGUCCACAGCAGAGAUUCCUCCUGCCGUUAAUCAGGUGGAGAUGCACCCGCUCUGGCAACAAAAGAAGCUGCGGGAGUUUUGUGCCACGAAAGGUAUACAUGUGAGUGCGUACUCUCCGUUGGGUGGCAAAGGGACCCCGUGGGGCACUGGAGAAGUCAUGGACUGUCAUAUACUGAAAGAUAUUGCCCAGGCCAGAGGAAAGACUGUUGCUCAGGUUUCCUUGAGGUGGGUACACGAGCAAGGUGUGAGCAUGCUAGUUAAGAGCUUCAACAAGCAGCGGUUGACAGAGAACCUUCAAAUCUUGGAUUGGUCACUGAGCAAGGAAGAGCUGCACAUGAUUGAUCAGAUUCCACAGCGAAAAGGAUUUCCCUGCGUGUUGUUCGUCUCGGAUGUUGGUCCAUACAAAACACUGGAGGAGCUAUGGGACGGUGAGAUAUGAUGAGGAAUGCUAAUUGCACUCACGUGCAGAAGUGAGGCAC